AUGGAAGACCUCACACCCCUCAACACCCCAAGCGUCGACCCCCCGGCCCUCGCAGCCCUCGAAUCCUCCCCCUCCGUUCUCUUCCCAUCAUUCACCUCGACCACAGCCUGGUCGCUAGGCCUUGCCCUCCGCACCCGCAUCCUCUCUCUCCCCUCCGACCAGCGCAAACCCGCUCUAAUAUCCAUCUCGCUCUCCUCAACGCCGUCCUUCGACACUCCCGGCAGCGGCCAGGCACAACCACACGUUAUCUUCCAAUGCGCGACGGAGCCGGGGACCGUGUCUGAUAAUGAAGUCUGGGUGCGGCGGAAGAGGAAUACGGUGCUGCGCUGGGGUGUUAGUAGUUGGUUAAUGCGGUGUAAGAUGCUGGGCCAGAGUAGUACGACGGAUUUGGAGGGGGCUUUUGUGAGGAAGUUUGCGUUGAGGAGUUCGUGUGGUGGCGCCGCGGCGGAUGAGUAUGCCAUUCAUGGGGGUGGGUUUCCGGUGAGGGUUAAGGGGGUUGAUGGGGUGGUUGGGGUUAUUGUGGUUAGUGGGUUGAAGCAGGAACAUGAUCAUCAGGUUGUUGUGGAGGUGGUGCAAGAUUUUAUUGCCAAGUUGGCUGCUUAG